CACCAGACAGCACCAGACAAGAAAGUCACGAAUCCCAAUUACUUUCUGUCUGAAGUCGAGCAUACCGAUAUAGAACAGUUGAGCUUUUUGUUUUGAUAUCGAAUUGUAGCUUCAGAUUUCCGCAUUAUCAUCAUCACACGCAGAUUCGUCCCGUAAUAAGAAACAAUGGACAGAGACGACGAGCCCCGCUCGCUCAAGACCGUCUUCGCCGAUGCCGAAUCGAAACGUCUUGCAUUGGAGAAUUCACAAUUUGCGCCUAACUCAGCAGAAUACAGCGACGUCGUGUCCUCUGCUAUCAAGCUCUACGAAGAAUGCCUGCGUCUAAUUGACGCCGUCUCCCUCUUCAGCCCGAACGAGUCCCUCGAGGACCUCUCGACCUCAGACCUCCCUUUCCUCCUCACAAACUUCCACCUCGCCGAGCUCACCCAGAAAACCCCCUUUACCUCACCACAAGACCGGAAACGCGUCCUCAAAUCCGCACGAAACGCCUACGAGCGCUACCUCCACCUGGUCGACAGCUACGGGCUGCUGUCCGCGGCGCACCGGAAGCUCCUCGAGCAGUACAACGACUCGCCCAUUUCCUUCAGCACCGUGCCCGCGAACCCGGCCGCCCGCCGCGACGCAAAGAUAGCAAACUUUAAGCUGGAAAAGGAGCUGCGCUCGAGGCUGGAAUUCCUCCGCCGUCGACCGGAGUACGGCGCCGCCGAGGGGGAAGGAAGUGCGGCGGGCGACGAGGACCUCGUGCGCGAGACACACCUCGCCCACCUCAAUUACAGCACACACCUCACGUUCCAAGCUCUCGAGAUGCUAAACCGCGAGUGGGAGAUGCUGGCGCAUGCCCCGCCCCCGCCACCGCCGUCGACGGCACAGCUACGAGGGGGUAGGAUCCUCCCGGGAGAAGGAGAAGGCGAGGAGGCGGACUCGCGCAGGCGGAACGGCAGCAGUAACGACGGUUACACCGACCGGCUCGACCACCCCUCUCACAUCCGCCGGAGCGGGGGCGGCGGCCCGCUGCUCACAGCGCAGGGCAAGCCGCUGCAGCCGUUCACCCUGCUGAACAACAGACAGGAGCUGGCCAAGGGCGUGUUCCGGCCCGGGCACAACCUGCCGACCAUGACCAUCGACGAGUACCUGGCCGAGGAGCGGCGGCGGGGGGGCAUCAUUGAGGGCGGUGGGGAGGCGAGUUUGCGCCGGGACGAGGAGCCGGACGAGGACGACAUGGACAAGGCCGACGCCGAGACCAUGAAGGCGAGGGCGUGGGAUGAGUUUGUCGAGGCGAAUCCCAGGGGAAGCGGGAAUACCCUGAAUAGGGGGUAGCAUGGGUUUACGUGGGUCUGAUAAAUAUUCUGUAAUUGUUAAGCGGGACAGGUGCAUCAAUGCUAGCGUUUGUUGUAAGUUAUCACAGGUAGUAAAGGCCGUUCCCUUUGUCACCUAGGCAUG